UAUGAGGAGAGUGUUGGCUGGCGCAGUGACCUUUCCCAGCUACCUUCUCUUUCACGCUCUUUUCCGGCAUCGCAUAUGGUGCGUGGGAGAAAUGGGGCACGGUUGCUGUGAUGGGCAAGAGCGAAAUGGCACAUACAGGAAGAGAGUGCGUAUGAAAAUUUUGCAAAAUAGAUUUUUGCAUAUUCUUUGGCUUUUCGGUUUUUCGGGAGAGAAAGGGUUCGCCGGUAUAUAAGGAGCUUGCGGUGGUCAGUUCGCGGCCACUAGAAGAAAGAGUUUAGAAUGAGGUGGUUGGUUUGAGUUCGAGUUGGAUUACCUGAAAGUGGAAUAACGUGUUUUCAAAAUUGGUGAAUAAUCAGGCAACGGUGAAGUCAGUGAAGUGAUUUUGGAUUAUCCAACAUAAGAUGAUUGCUCAAUUCAUGAUGGAUCUGAAAACAGAUCAUCGUACAAGUCCCUCUUUGUACUUCCCUAAUUCUCCGAGAUUAAGCGACAGCUGCCGACCCGACUCCACUGAUUCUGGAGUUUUGGACCUAUCCAAGCGUCGCGAUUCAGUGGAAACGCGGAAAACUCCGUCGCCAUAUGCCAGUUUCAGUGAAGAAGGUUCACCACCGUUACACCGAUCUCUACACAACUCCAACAAUGCUUUGCUGAUCAACUAUCACGCUUCCAUCCAUCCUCAUCCGCAACUUGAACUACCGCUAAAAGCUCCACUGCCAUACGAAUCGCCCAACCACCUGGAUCACAGUAGGCUUCCUCUGUCGUCGGGUUUUCACCCCACCCAGAACCUGCACUUGCCGCAGCAUCCCAUCAUCCCAAAGCAGGAAAUCCUGCCUCAACGCCCACAGCUUCCACCGUACCUCAUGCGAGCCGACCCCACUCAACAACAGUCCCAGUUCCCACGCAGCCCACUUCAUGCACCCCGCGAGCCUGAUUCUCUCUCCGAAUCCGGUUCCGAAGGCCAUUCCCUUCCCGGUGGCUUGAAAUUGCCACUGAUCAAGCAACCCACCGACGCUGCAUCCAACGGACCAUACCCAAUGGUAGUAGGCCGCGACGGCAAACUUGCGCGCCCUUUCAAAGCCUACCCACGCGAUCCGCUAAGCCUUGCCGCCGGAUUCAUGGCCAGCGACUCCAUGCUAGACGCCAAUUCCGCCGAAAAGUACAACAUGUUCCGCAAGCGAAUGCUCGAACAGAUUCACGCCGCUAACGGCGGCCAACCGACAAUCUCCAACCCGAAAAUGCGUCGCCUAAACAAAUCCCUCAGCGACACGUCGGAAACGGAGAGCGUUCCGGACAAAAUGCCGGAACCAUCAUCGCAGCAUCACCCGAAAGCCACACCCACCGACCGGCACCCCUGCAGCGACGCCGAGGCAGCGAAUCACAACAGCGCACCGAUUAGCGACGCCGACGGCAGUAGCACCAGCAAUGGCGUUUGUUCGAACGUUGGCAGCACGACGGCGCCGGCCGGCAAAGACUCCGCCUACUACGAGCGGCGCAAGAAAAACAAUGCCGCUGCAAAGAAAUCGCGCGAUCGGAGACGAAUCAAAGAGGACGAGAUCGCCAUUCGGGCUGCCUUCCUGGAGCGGGAGAACAUCGAGCUGAAGUUUGAGCUGGCCGCGGCCCGGAAGCAGCUGGCACUGUACGGUGUGGUGACGGGUGGGUCGCCGUGAGGAGAUGAUGAUGGCGCCCUGCUCGACUCGGGGUGAGAGUCCUUGUAAAUAGGUGUAAAGUUCCUUUUGUUUGAGCCGAUGAUUCCUAAGAUAUAGAUAAGUCACCGAAUAAGACUGUACAAACUACUUGAAGACUGAUUGAUUAAUUUAAGGCGAUAAUAAUAAAUCAAAUAUCUG